ACAUUGCAAUUUCUAUCUUUGUUUUCUAUCCAUUUUCUCUCUAUAUCUCUCUCUCUCCUCUCCUCCCAUCCCCUCUGCUCACAUCAGGAGAGAUAGGGAAGAGAGAGAGGCAUUGUUCCCAGAUCUCUCUCUGAAAUGGCAGAGACAAAGAGGUACAUUUCAAAGGAAGAGCUCAAGACCCACAGCAGGGAUGGGGAUCUAUGGAUCUCUAUACAGGGGAAGGUCUAUAAUGUGUCUGAUUGGGCGAAAGUGCACCCAGGUGGGUCUGCUCCAUUGCUGAGUCUCGCCGGCCAGGAUGCUACUGACGCUUUUGUGGCCUACCAUCCCGGGGUUUUGUGGAGCCGUUUGGACGAUUUCUUUACUGGGUUUCAUCUCGAGGACUAUGCUGUUUCGGAGGCGUCGAGGGAUUAUAGGAGGUUGGUGUAUGAGUUUACGAAGAUGGGGUUGUUUGAGAAAAAGGGGCAUGGGGUGUUCGUCACGCUCUGUGCGAUGGCGGUGAUGUUCUCCGCCUGUAUUUAUGGGGUUCUGGGGUCUGACAGCACAUCGGUUCAUCUCGCCAGUGGCGCGUUGAUGGGGCUUUUCUGGAUUCAGAGUGGGUGGAUUGGGCACGAUUCUGGGCACUACCAGGUGAUGAUGAACAGGCGUUUGAACCGCUUUGUGCAGGUGCUGAGUGGGAAUUGUCUUGCGGGGAUCAGUAUUGCGUGGUGGAAGUGGAACCACAACGCUCAUCACAUUGCCUGCAACAGCCUCGAUUUCGAUCCGGAUCUUCAGCAUAUGCCUGUAUUCGCGGUAUCUUCCAAGCUUUUCAGUUCCCUUACAUCUUAUUUCUAUGAAAGGAAGAUGAAUUUUGAUUGUGUAGCUAGGUUUCUAGUGAGUUACCAGCAUUGGACUUUUUAUCCUGUGAUGUGUGUUGCUAGAUUAAAUCUAUUUGCUCAGUCCUGGUCUUUGUUGUUGUCCAAGAGGAGGGUUCCCUACAGGGCUCAGGAGAUUUUGGGGCUGCUUGUGUUUUGGAUUUGGUACCCUUUACUUGUUUCAUGUCUGCCCAAUUGGUGGGAAAGAGUGAUGUUUGUUGUUCUGAGUUUCUCCUUUACUGGAAUCCAGCAUGUUCAAUUCUGUUUGAAUCAUUUCUCAUCCAGUGUUUAUGUGGGUCCUCCAAGUGGGAAUGAUUGGUUUGAGAAGCAGACUCAUGGGUCUCUCGAUAUUUCCUGCUCCUCUUGGAUGGACUGGUUUCAUGGUGGGCUGCAGUUUCAGAUUGAGCACCAUCUGUUUCCUCGGCUGCCUCGGAACCAGCUCAGGAACGUCUCACCCUUUGUUCAGGAGCUUUGCAAGAAGCACAAUUUGCCUUAUGAUUGCGCGUCAUUCUGGAAGGCCAAUGUGUUGACACUCGCGACGCUGAGGACUGCAGCCUUGCAGGCUCGUGAUCUUGCCAACCCGAUUCCAAAGAAUUUGGUCUGGGAAGCAGUGAACACUCAUGGAUGAGCUUCACAGCUUCAGGACCUCUCCAAGGGUUUGGGCAUUGCUUGCAGCAGCUAUAUAAGCCUAUCAGGCCUUAAUUGGGGUAUAAUAAUUUUGUCUUGGUUGAUUUCUGAGGGUGAUGAUCCUUGAUUUCAAUGAAAGAAAUAACUAUCUCUGUCAUUGCUUGGAGGCUUUCACUAUUUGCUUAUCAAUCUGCAUGUUUGUGAAUUGGCUCAUAUCAUUUUUGGAUUAAAGGACAAACCAAUGAUACGGUUGAUCUACAUGCUUUUAUAGCUCUUUCUCCUCUCAGCAAAGGUUUUUUUUUAGUAAAAGAUGUAUAUUGAAUUGCAUCAAAUGCUUGCAUUUGAUAGCCUAUCCUGUUUUUCUGGGUUUUGAGGUCUCUCUCUAUAUAUUUACGUUGAAUUUGGAUUUUCAUUGUUGUGUAGAUUAAUGGAUGUAACAUUGAUUAGUUGUGGUUUUCAUUCAAUUCCAAAGCUACUUUCAACAUCAAA